AUGGCUGCUGCGGCCGUUGGUCUUUCGCCGCCUGCGCCUGCGGUACCUUCAAAGGACCACAUACACACUCACAGCUGUCCGGCGUGCGGUACCAGCAUAGACAUGGCAGAACUGGCAGAUGCGCGGCAGAGGAUAGAGGAGCUAGAAGCACAGAUGGAGCGCCUAAAGGAGAAAGCAACAGCAGCAGUGGACCGAUGCGCCGACUACGAAGACCAAAUCCGCAGUCUAAAAUCCUCACAAUCAGAUUCCCCCAACAAGAAUCCCCACCGGCCCUCUAUCGACUACGAUCCUCCUCGGCCCAGCACCGCAAACUCUACAAAAUCGGGCCGCUUCUCCUUCAUAACCAACCGCUUUCCCUCGCCCGCAAACACAGGCGCCAUGCCGCCGCCCCCACCGCCAAAAGACGCCCCACGCGCCGUCGACAACACACUGCUCAACGAGCUAGAGCGCGAGCGGGCUUUGCGCGCAAAAGCAGAGGCGCGCGUGCAAACGGUGGAUUCGGAGAUUGAGGAGCUGAGUGUGCAGCUCUUUAGUCAGGCGAAUGAGAUGGUGGCUGAGGAACGGCGGGCGAGGGCGAAGCUGGAGGAGAGGGUUGAGACGUUGGAACGCAGAGAUAGGGAAAAGAUGGGGAGGUUGGAUCGGUUGGAGAAGGCGGUUACGAGGGUGGAGAGGGUUAAAGCGCUUUUGAGUGAGCAUGAGGUUGUGAAGAAGGGGGAUAUGUUGGGCGCGGGGGGGUUGUCGUUGCCUCCGAGGAGGUAG